CUUCUGUCCAAAUUAAAUCACGUUGAAACAUUUCACACUGACCAAAAAGACUCCACAAAAUCUUUCCCAACCUUUCAUAUACUACUGCUACAUAACUACAAUUUUCACACACACACACACACACCUCUCACAUGGCAGCAGAAAUUGUGAAAGGAAGUUCAUGAAAAAACCCUAUCUUCCUUCAAUUUUCUACCCAGAAAAUCAAAUUCUCAUCAGCUAACUAAAACAAGAGCCAAAAAGGGCUCCCUGAAAUGUAUGUGAUAUUCAAGCGUCUGAUUGUAGUAGAAGAGAGUGAGUGGGAAAAGGAGAGAUAAAAAAAAAAAAAAACCAAAAAAAAAAAAAGAAAAAAGAUCAAGAAUCAUUCAAGAAAGUGGAAUAUCCAAGAAUUCAAGAUUCAACCAGAUUCAUCAGCCACCAUAAAUACAAGUUUUUGCAAUGGAGAAUCCUUCAAAGCCAAAACAAGCAACAAGUGUGUUGAAAGCAACUGAUCUCGCAUUUGCAAAAUGCGAGUGCUGCGGCCUCACAGAGGAGUGCACGGAGGAGUACAUAAAGCGUGUUCGUGAACGAUAUUCGGGGCGUUGGAUUUGCGGGCUGUGCUCGGAGGCGGUGAAGGAUGAGGCGGUGAGGUCGGAGAAGAGGAUUGGGAAGGAAGAAGCUCUCAAUCAGCACAUGAGUUUCUGCAGGAAAUUCAAGAAUCUCAGCCCUCCAAGUGAUGAUGAGCUCAUCUCUGCUGUCAAGCAGCUCAUGCUCAAGACCUUGGAUUCGCCCCGGUCCAGCCCGGUCAAGAACCGGGCUUUGAUCCGGCCCGAGGCCUGCUUCUCUGCUCUUGAUCACUCUUGACUCUUGAGAGUGAGAGUGAGAGUGUUUCAAGGUGGUGAUUGAUUGUUUCUUUUCUUGAAUUGGGAGAUGUCUGUGUUAGGAUUUCUCCUUAUUUUUUUGUUGUUUUUAGUUGGUUGAAGAAUGUUUCUGUUCCAUUUGAUUCAAGAAAUUUGUGUCUUGACUAAAA